AGACCGCGUCAGUGAAAUCCGAGACUUUCCUACGCCCGCGAACUUGACUGACCUCCGCUCCUUUAUGGGCCUUGUGAACCAGCUGUCAGAGUUCACCCCGGACAUAGCAGCCCAGCCCAGCUUCUUCGCCCUCUCUUGAGCCCUAAACGGACGUUCACUUGGACAGCGGACCAUGAUGAAGCCUUCAACCAUGUCAAGACGGUGCUUCUCCAGCCUCCUGUUCUGGCCCACGUUGAUCGAGCGUUACCAGUCAUCCUCCAGACGGAUGCCUCCCGCCUUCAUGGGAUUGGGUACGCUCUCCUACAAGAUCACGGCCAAGGAUGCACACGACUAGUUCAAUGUGGCUCACGCUUCCUCACUGACGCUGAGACGCGCUACGCCACCAUUGAGCUUGAGCUGCUUGCCGUUGUAUGGGCCAUGUCCAAGUGUCGGCUCCACCUCAUAGGCCUACAGCACUUCACGCUGAUGACGGACCAUAGGCCACUGGUCCCGAUCCUGAAUGCCUACACUUUGGACGCGAUCGAGAAUCCCCGUCUCCAACGUCUGAAGGAGAAAAUCUCGCCCUACCUCUUCACAGCCGUAUGGCGCGCUGGGAAGUUGCUACGCAUCCCAGAUGCUCUGUCGAGAGCCCCAGUCAGCCACCCCACUCCUGAGGACGAGAUGGCGUGCACUGCUGCCACUGCCCACCUGUUGUGUGUCGUAGCUGCCAAAGCUGAAGGCUCCGACCAAAACACACCACACCAUGACGCUGAUCGGACGCUCCAGGAGUUCAGAGCAGCAGCGAGGGCAGACCCGUCAUAUGCCCACCUCACCGCCUGCGUGACAUCUGGCUUCCCGUCCAACCGGUACGAGCCCCACAGUUCCCUACUUCCCUACUGGAAGCUCCGCGAUCACCUCUACGCAGAUGGGGAGCUUGUCCUUUAUGGCCAGAGGAUCGUGGUUCCCGUAGCUUUCCGCCGCCGCACCCUUGCUCGUCUCCAUGACAGCCACCGUGGUGUGGAAGCCACACGCCGUCGGGCGAGGCAGACUGUUUUCUGGCCUGGCAUUGACUCUGACAUCGCCAAUACUGUUCGUGCCUGUGAACCAUGUCAAGUCCUCCAGCCGAGCCAACAACAGGAACCCCUGAUGUGCGACGAGAACCCAUCCAGGCCCUUUGAGUCCGUCUCCGCAGACUUCUUCAUAGUCGCUGGCAAGUCCUUUCUUGUCAUUGCGGGCAGACUCUCGGGAUGGCCUGUGAUCGUCCCAUGUGGUGCGGACACCACAGCCACACGCACCAUCCAGAUGUUCUGCCGCUAUUUCCGGGAAGUGGGUGUCCCCCUCCGUCUCCGCACUGAUGGCGGGCCCCAGUUUCCCAGUGCAGACUUCCAGAACUUCAUGGAGCGCUGGGGUGUUCACCACAUAGUGACUUCGCCGCACUAUCCCCAGUCUAAUGGCCAUGCUGAGGCGGCUGUCAAGUCGGUGAAGCAUCUCAUCUUGAAGACAGCCCCCUCCGGCAACAUUGAUACGGAGGAGUUUGCCAGAGGUCUCCUGGAGCUGCGUAACUCUCCCAACUAUACAGGACGGUCCCCUUCGCAACACCUCUAUGGCCACCUUCUUCGGUCCUGCGUCCCUGCCCACCCAGAGUCCUUCUCCACAGACUGGCAGACCAAGACGGAAGAAUGCGACCGCCGCGCUACCGCCCGAGCUGAACAGGUGCAGGCUCAUUAUGACCAGCACGCCAGGCCCCUCCCCAAACUGUGCAUAAGAGCCACAGUCCGCAUCCAGGACCCUGUGUCUCUCCGCUGGGAUAAGGUCGGUGUGGUCAUGGGCUGCAACAGGAAAAGGGAAUAUGAUGUUCGUCUCCCCAGCGGACGUGUCUGGCGACGCAACCGCCGUCUCCUGCGCCCAGUGCCGCCCCAUGGUGAUGAUCCUCCCACCAUAUCCCUGUGGUCCCUUGUCUCUCAAGUAGUGUUCAAGAGUAUGUCCAUCUUCCUCGUUCUGGUGUUGCAAUUCUCAGUUGCCAGGUAUAAGGGUAGCCUAAGCAGAUUCUCGCUCUCACUACCUCACAUCGUCGGCUUUCGGCUCGGCGUAGUAGCCGUGUGUCCUCGUCAGCUACCUCACCUAGCCAUCGAGCGCUGA